CUCGAAUAUUCGGCUUGUGUGUAAGGCAAACUCAACGCCGCCACCCACCAUCGUCGUGCGAAUUCUGUCGUUGUGAAGUCUAUUGUUCGUACAUUCGGUCGUUAUACGAAGUCCAUCGCUGCACGAAAGCAUGAAGCAGAAAGGAGUCCGCGAUCCGGUACCGGAAGGUGUCAGUCACAGAGAAACGACUCGGGACGAACGAAUACAGAUCAUUGCGCUACGCGAGAAAGCGGGAUGGAGCUGGAGGCAAAUAGCAAAGAAACUCAGGAUCGAUAAAAGCACGGCCUCGAGAAUUUAUCAGUGUUGUCACCAGUACGGCACUCCUUCAAAUCGAAAACGAUCCGGCGGACCCUCAAUCUUCGACGCCGCAGAGAAAGCCCGUCUCGAAGCUUUUGUUACCCGCGACUCCCGUACUCAACGUCUUAGCUGGGAAGCAGUCUGUAUUGAAAUGGUUUAUGCCUGCGACUCUAAGACAGUUCGAGAUGCGGUGAAGUCUAUGGGAUAUCACAAACGGGUCCCGAGAAAAGAGUUCCAUGUCAAACCUGACAACAGAGGAAAGGUUAGAUAGAUUGGUAGAAGGUAUGCCUGAAAGGUUGCAGGCGGUGAUUGAUGCUAGAGGAGCACCGACAGCAUAUUGAUGGUUGGGUGGGAAGGGGUGGU